AGUGUGGCUGCACAAUCACUGGGGAAAAAUAUUUUGUAAUAAAGUUAAAAUCUCAAUGUUCUUCAGAUAGCAAGCUCCAUAGGUAAAUUGGAGGAUAGGAAGUUAGGAACAUACAUGUUGUCAUGGUGGAUGUCGAGGCCUCGGCGCCGCGGCGGGGAGUAAGCGACCUAACAUUGGCAGGAUCUGACUGGCAGACGUGGGGCCGUGUUCACUGAAGUCGGGGGUUUACAAGCCAUUUCAUAAGUGCAACAGGAGAAGUGUAGUGGCUGUUGUAUCCACGAUGAGUGGAAGUGGAGGCUACAAGCUGCGGUGUAACCUGCUGGGCCACUCCAAGGACGUGCGUGCCGUGGCCACAAGCCAGGACGGCCUGGUGGUGACGGCCUCGAGGGACGCCACGGCCAGGCUCUGGGCCCCGGCGGCCGCGGGAAAUUUGUACGAGUCAGAGCAAGUGUACAGCGGCCACACCUCCUAUGUGACCAGUGUGUGUGUGCUCCCCGGAGAUGACACGCACCCUGAGGGGUUGGUGGCCACGGGCUCCAGGGACACAAACAUCCUGGUCUUCCCCCUCAGGAGCCAGCAGGCAGUCCAUACACUCUCUGGCCACUCUGACACAGUGUCUUGCCUUGCGUGGGGGAGAGGAGUGCUGGUAUCUGGCUCGUGGGACCACUCAUGCAGAAUAUGGACCAACUGGGAUUGUAGCCACGAGCUGAAGGGCCAUGAAGGACCUCUGUGGUCAGUGGUGGUGCUGCCUAGCGAGGGCUCCAGCUCCCCCAGCAUAUUAACGGCCUCAGCAGACAAGACCAUAAAGUUGUGGAAGGAAGGAAAACUAUGCACCACCUAUUCUGGCCAUAAGGACUGUGUGCGGGGCCUUGCAGUGAUCAGUGCCUCACAGUUCCUCUCCUGCUCCAAUGAUGCCACUGUAAUACGUUGGUCCAUCUCAGGGGAACAAUUAGCCACUUACUAUGGUCAUACUAAUUUUAUAUAUGGAGUGAGUAUAGGGACACCCGAUGGAGGCUUCGUCACUGGUGGGGAGGACCGUUCACUACGGGUAUGGGAGUCAAGUGGGGAGUGUGUGCAGACAAUUCACGUUCCUGCUCAGUCUGUGUGGGCGGUGGCGACCCUUCCUAACUCAGAUAUUGUGUGUGGCACAAGUGAUGGAGUAUGUCGUGUUUUCACCAGAGCCGAAGAGAGACAGGCAAAUGCUGAAGAUCUCAAAGAAUUUGAAGAAAGCGUUGCUAAAUCCACAAUGGCUGUGGGGGACCUUGGAGGGAUCAAGAAAAGUGAACUCCCUGGGAAGGAAAUUCUCUUUGCUCCAGGAAAACGAGAUGGACAAACUGUAAUGGUUCGUGAGGGAGAAAAGAUUAAUUGUUAUUCAUGGUCAAAUGCCAGCCAGCAGUGGACAGCUGUUGGGGAGGUUGUUGGUGGUGCUGGAGGAUCAGCGUCCACCUCAGGCAAAGUGUUGCAUGAAGGUAAGGAGUACGAUUUUGUCUUUGAUGUUGAACUGGAUCAAGGCACGAUCCUAAAGCUCCCUUAUAAUGUGUGUGAGGAACCCUACUUUGCUGCCCAGCGCUUCAUCCACCAACACGAACUGCCACAAGACUUCUUGGACAGAGUAGCAAAUUUCAUCAUGGAGAACACUAAAGGUGUAACCUUGGGGACUGAAUGCACAGGUCAGCAAGUGGAUCCCUUCACGGGUGCUUCAAGGUACCAGCCUGGUAGCUCCUCUGGCGCUGGUGGUGUAAGUGACCCUUUCACUGGAGGUGGCAGAUAUAUUCCUGGUGGAACCUCAAGAGUGACCACUGGGGCUGAUCCCUUUACUGGGGCAUCAAGCUACACAACCCAAGGAGCUACAAAGUCCCCAGUGGCUUCACACUUUUUCCCCUUACUGAUUCCUCUCCAAUUUGAGGCUUGUAAUCCUACUGGGAUACUUACUAAGUUAAAAGAAUUUAAUAAUAUUCUAGAUAAAGAUAAACAGUUUGAACCAGAUGUGUUAGAAAAGUUGGUUGAAGCAGUAUCAAAGCCAAAUGAGUCAGACCCUGCACAGUUAGGUGCACUGGAGGUAGGAUUGCAAUGGCCAGUGGACCAAGUUUGGCCUGUCCUUGAUGUGCUGAGACUAGCCUUGCUCUCUGAGCGGAUGCAAAGUGUCUGGCUAGUUGGUGAUCGUAGUGAGACGCUGGUUUCACACCUUAUCACGUUAGUGAGGCCUCCUUCUCCCCCUAACACUCAGCUGAUGGCCUUGCGCUGCUUUGCCAAUUUGGCGGCCUUUGAACCAGGGCGUGCAAUCCUAACUAAAAUGUAUGACCAAGUUGUAACUGUCACAGUUGAAAUCUCUCCAUACAAAAACAAAAAUUUGGAAAUUGCUGCAGCAACUGUACUUCUUAACUACAGUGUCAUAUUCGGAGCUAAUGAUAAUUUUGAUAAGAAAUGCCAGGUUCUCAGUGGUGCUGGGACUGUGGCAAUGUGCUCGAAGGAUCCCGAGGCACAGUUCCGUUCCCUGGUGGCUCUUGGAACUCUGCUGUACAACUGUGGUCAGUGUCGCUCUCUAGCAGGAUCACUGGACCUCAAGCCUGUGGUACAAACCUUGUCAACAGUCACCUCUCCUGCAAAAGUUGGCGAAUGUGCAGGUCACAUACUCAGGCUGCUUUAGUCUUUUUGGGAUUAUGAAAUUAUUAUGGGUGUAGUAUGUAUUUUAUAGUGUGUAUUUUAUUGAAGUUAGUAAAUCAGUACAGUAGGACCUCACCAAUAGCAUCUAAGUGGUGCCUAAAAAUUGCAGUUUCAGGUAUCCCCUGCUUUAUGAUUUGGUUAUGUUUUGGAAGAGUGAUCGUGAAGCAAAACAAAUAUAUAAUGAACUGGUUUAA